AUGCCUACUCGAGAAAGCUGGAACAAGCGCGACAUGGCGGCUGUUGCGUGUGAGAAGGUUGUUUACUGUGGCAACAUCAAGUUCACAAUCACCAAGGACCAGUUCGCAACAGCCCUCUCUGACAAGGGCUUUGGCAACUGCAUUGUCUAUUGGCCCCCGCCCAAGAACUCCGACCAUCCUCAUGAAGGCUGGUGCAAUGUGCAGUUCCCGGAUCGCCACACCGCAGCCCGAGCCAGGGCUGAGUUGUCCGGAGCCUACAUUGGGGGACGCCCAAUCAAAACUGGCCCUGUCAAGUCUCCAAAUGCCGAUCCCAAGCCUGCGCCCGAACCGAUGGGCCUCGAUAAGGAGAGACAAGCUCAAGCACCACAGGGUGCUGAUACUGUUAAGGACGCUCUCGCUCUCUCAUCCGGUGCCCUCGCAUCUAUGGCGCUUACUAAGUUCCCAGGGGACUGGUAUCAUGUUCCCAUGGAACCGGAUCUCCCAGUGAGCUCCUUCAUGAGUUAUAUGCUCGAGGUUGAAGGGUUGUACAAGGCAGCUGAUAUUGUGGCCCGUCCUAUUAUCAGCAUCAAUGGCCCUGGCAUACUACACUCUACUCCUGUUCCAUCCCCUGCGCCGCACAACGACCCAUUCUGUCGGCCCUGGACCUACGUUGUGAAAGGAGACGCGGAGGGCCGUCAGAAGGAUGAUCGAAGACCCCCUAGACACCAGGAUGUGUUGAAUCGCGACGAGCCUUACAAGGACACCGCGCAUCUGUUUGCCUCGUCAAUCAAAAUGCAUAAACUCUGCAGUGGUGUUGAUUUGCAGCCUGGCCAACUUCUUGGUAGAGACCCUGAGGCACGUUCCCCUAUGUCUCAGUCAACAACCUUCGUUAAACCAUCGGAGCUUUCGACCAGUUCAUCGUCUGCCACUUGCCGCGCCCACAUGAAGCAGUACACGACCCCUUCGAUUGUUGGGCCUGGCUGGGGCGAUCAUACCCACUUCCGCCAAUGGCAGCGCCAUGGUCGCGUCAUCAAGCCAGACAUGGUGCCAAACACGACCUGGGAUACAACUGUUGGUUCUUCCUUUGAGCUUAUUUUGGAUGGUAGUAUGCCCGGUGCUGCUAAAAAGAUCACCAUUGAUGGGGUUGACCCUGCGAGUUGGGGCAUUGUUCGUGACGAUGAACUCAGGAGCGUGGUAGUUGCCAUGAAUCGCAAGACGACCGCAGCCGAGAUGCGACCAAAACCUCGAAAGGAGACGCCCCGGGACAAGAUCAACAAGCAGACGGGAUCAUCGCGGGACUGGAUUUACUCACCACAAAGCUCUACAGCAACUGGCCUUGCCAUUCUGCAAUGGGAAGGAAUGGCAUCCUCAUUCUCAGGGGGUAAGGAGGAGGAGGGGGAGGAGGAGGAGGAGGAGGAGGAGGAGGAAGAAGAAGAAGAAGAAGAAGAAGAAGAAGAAGAAGAAGAAGAAGAAGGAGGAGGAUUAUGA